CGGCGGUGCUCCGCUGCUCCAAGAACCACCACCACACCACCGCCGCCCCGAGCCAGCGUCGGCAAUGGACCACGGCGGCGGCGGCGGGAGGAGCAGCAGCCGGCUCCGGGACCGCCUGGCCCGGAUGUUCCGCCCGGGCUCGCUGCUCCGCUCCACCUGCAACACCACCGCCGGCGCGUCCUCCUGCGCCUCCUCCUCUCCCGUCGUCGGCGGCGCGGCGGCCGCCUCCACCACCAAGCCGCCGCCGCCGCCCGCGGCUGCCUCCGCGUGCUCCUCCAGCCGCGCGCUUCUGGCCGCGGACGUUGCCGGCGACCGGGACUCGUUCCUCGCGUCGUCGCGGCGCGACCUCGUCGGCCGCACCGAGUCCUUCUCCACCGCCGUCGACCGCCUCCACCACCAUCGCCGUCGCCGGGACGUGGCGGCGCAGCCCUCCCGCUUCUCCGUCGACGCGCCGGCGUCUGUGGCGGAGAGGAACAAGGACAAGGAGAAGAAGAGCCCGCGCGACGAGUACGGUAGUCACCACCACCCACUCGGCGGCGGCAAGUGCGACAAGACGAUGAUCAGGAUGAAGCUGCUCUCCAACCCCUACGGCUUCAGCAGCUCCGACGACGACGACGCCGACACCGACGUCUUCAGCAGCGACGCCGAGGACGACCUCGCCGGCCGUGCCGGGUGCAUUAGCAAGAGGCUGGCCGGCGAGUCGGCGGAGACCUUCUUCUCCUCGUCGCGAAGCUUCUCCUCCGACUCCUCCGAGUUCUACACCAAGAAGCAGAAGAAGCAGACGACGACAACGACGAAGACGAAGCCCCCUGCAGCAUCCUCCGGCAAGCCACCCAAACCUCCUAGGACGACGAUGACGACGGCGAAAAGGGGCCAGGUCCAUCCCGCCGUCACCGCCAGACGCCACCACCGGCGCGCGACGAGCAGCUGCGACACGUGCGGCGUGCGCGACGGAUUCCGCCCCGUGGUGUCGGCGGCGGAGGAGCAAGUGCGCAGGGGUUUCGCGGUGGUGAAGCGGUCGCGGGACCCGUACGCCGACUUCCGGUCGUCCAUGGUGGAGAUGAUCGUGGGGCGGCAGCUGUUCGGCCCGCCGGACAUGGAGCGCCUGCUGCGCUCCUACCUCUCCCUCAACGCGCCGCGCCACCACCCCGUCAUCCUCCAGGCAUUCUCCGACAUCUGGGUCGUCGUCCACGGCGGCUAGCCGGCGGCACCGGCAUCGGCACCGACUCCGGCUAUCUGCUGCUGCUGCUGCUGCUACUGCUGCUACAUAACUACCAGUACCACUAGCUUCGUCCAUCGUCACCAAUAAGCUUGUUAAGAGUGCGCCCUGGGUUAAUGAAAUGAAUGGAGCUUGCUGUAAUCGUAGCUGUGCAACUGUUCAUGCAUGAUUAAUCUUCCUUGUUAAUCAAUUUCACAAUGACUGAUAUUGGUGUGUAAUUUCAAUUCGUGGAUGUGGAUGACACAGCGACUGUGUACUGUCAAUUUA